AUGACCAGGAACAGAGAAAAUACAGAAGCACAGUUAAAGUUGACAGAGGAGUUUUAUGAGGCAGUCCACAACUGUCCUGCCCUAGGCUACCUCAGAACUGGGAGAAGCUCCAACCUCCAAACAGAGUCAAGAGAUUUUCAGUUAAUCAUUUGUAAUACUCCUAUACCUAACCAAAUGUUGUGUCCUCUGGGCGGGAUCAACUUAAAGAAAUACCAAUUGCUUCCCACCCUGCUGCUGGCUGUGGAGGAGAUCAACAAGAAUCCCCACCUGAUACCCAACAUGACUUUGGUGUUUGAGAUAUAUAGUGAACAAUACUCAGUUCACCUUUGGGUCUUUGAUCCUCUCCUGAGUGUCCAUGGAAAGUCAGGUACUGUCUAUCAGAUGGAUGCAAAGGACUCAAGUCUAGCCCUGGUCAUGGACUCCUCCAUGCUUCAUUUCAGCUGGAACUGGGUGGGACUGUUCAUCACCAAAGACAAGUAUGGUGUGUGGUUCCUCUCAGAUUUGAGAGAAGAGAUGGGCAAAAAUGGAUUCUGUUUUACCUUUGAAAACAAGAUCACUUACAGUGCCCUUUCAGAUUUCUCAAAUGAUCAGUCUAUGCAAUGCCAGCUAAUGGACUCAUCCAUCAAUGUGAUUAUCAUUUAUGGGGACAGUGAAUUUCUACUAAGCUUUAUUCUUAAAUUUAGGCAAAUUUUAAUUACAGAAGAGAGUUACAAAAUCUACAAUGCUGUGUAUGCUGUGGCCCAUGCCCUCCACCAGAUGUUUCUUGGUCACAAGGAAGAGCCACCAGUGCACAAUGGGCAACCCAGGGCAUUUCUCUCUUCACAGCUGCAUCCAUUUUUGAAGAAGAUCCAGUUUACCAAUCCUGUUGGAGACCACGGGGUUUUGAAUGAGGAAAGGAAAUGUGAGGUAGAGUAUAACAUUAUGAGUGAUUCUCACACCUCACUAGACAUGGAGCAGUGUGUCAGGUACGCAGAUGAUCAGUUUUCCAAUACCCAGAGAAACCACUAGCUGAUGAAAACUGAGGGCUUCCUGGCUUAUGAAGACCCCUUGGGUAUGGUUCUGGCUUGCACAGCUCUUUGCUGCUCUGCACUCACAGCUGCUGUUCUUGGGGUGUUUAUCAAGCACCAAGACACCCCCAUUGUCAAAGCCAAUAACUGGGACCUUAGCUACAUCCUGCUCAUCUCCCUCAUCUGCUGCUUCCUCUGCUCCUUGCUGUUCCGUGGCUGUCCCCAUUCAGCCUCAUGCAUCCUCCAGCACACCACAUUUGCAGUGGUCUUCACCAUGGCUGUCUUCAUGGUCCUGGCCAAAGCCAUCAUCGUGGUUCUGGCUUUCAUGCUCACUGCUCCAGGGAGAAGCACCAGGCAGUGGCUGCUGUUCUGAGUUCCUAACCUCUUCAUCCCCAUCUGCACCCUUAUCCAGGUAACCCUCUGUGGACUCUGGCUGCGAAUUUCUCCUCCCUUUGUGGACAAAGAUGCACACUCUGAACAUGGAUGCAUCAUCAUCCUGUGCAACAUGGGCAAUCUCACUCUCUUUUACUGUGUCCUUGGAUACCUUGGCUCUCUGGCCCUGGCCAGCUUCACUGUGGCUUUUCCGGCCAGUAACCUCCCUGAUACCUUCAAUGAGGCCAAGUUCCUGACCUUCAGCAUGCUGGUGUUCUGUAGUGUGUGGCUCACUUUCCUGACUGUCUAUCACAGCACCAAGAGGAAGGUCAUGGUGGCUGUGGUGGUCUUCUCCAUUUUGGCCUCCAGUGCAGGCCUCCUAGGCUGCCUCUUUGCCCCCAGGUUCUACAUAAUCUUGAUAAGACCUGAGAGAAAUUUUCUCCCCUGGUUCAGGGAGAGAUAA